AUGACAUUUGUGAAGAACGAGCUGAAGAUGUUCAAGAGGAUUCUUAGUCCAGAAUUCCCACAAGGCUUUGAGAGUCAGAAGCCGGUUAAGGAAGUAGUGGAUGCUGAAGAUGAGAAGCAGGAGAGCAAUGAACUUGCUGUGAUUUGCCAACGUGAACUCAAAUCUAAUCUGAAGAAGAAGUUUCAAUGUGUAUUUGAGGGGAUCGCUAAACAAGGAAACCCAACACAUCUCAAUAAGGUCUACACAGAGCUCUACAUCACAGAGGGUGGAACAGGAGAGGUCAAUAAUGAACAUGAGCUGAGACAGAUUGAGACAACAACCAGGAAACAAGCAAGACCAGAGACUGCAAUCAAAUGUAACGACAUCUUCAAACCCUUAACUGGACAAGACAAACUUAUCAGAACUGUUCUGACAAAGGGAGUUGCUGGCAUUGGAAAAACAGUCUCUGUGCAGAAGUUCAUUCUGGACUGGGCUGAAGGAAAAGCAAAUCAGGAUGUCCAAUUUGUAUUUUCAUUGCCUUUUCGGGAGCUGAAUUUGAUGAAAGGGGAAAAACACACUUUGAUUGAACUUCUCAAUCACUUCUCAAUAGAAACCAAAGAAUCAAGAAUCUCCAACUAUGACGAGUACAAAGUUCUGUUCAUCUUUGAUGGUCUGGAUGAGUGCCAACUGCCCCUAGACUUCCAGAAGAACAAGAUCUGUUGUGACGUCACAAAGUCAACCUCAAUGGAUGUUCUGCUGACAAAUCUCAUCAAGGGAAAUCUGCUUCCCUCUGCUCUACUCUGGAUAACUAGCCGACCAGCAGCAGCCAAUAAGAUCCCUUCAUGGUGUGUUGACCAGGUGACAGAGGUACGAGGGUUCAAUGAUCCACAGAAGGAGGAGUACUUCAGGAAGAGAUUAGUUGAUCAGGACCUGGCCAGCAGAAUCAUCUCACACAUAAAGACAUCAAGGAGCCUCCACAUCAUGUGCCACAUUCCAGUCUUCUGUUGGAUUUCUGCAACAGUCCUUGAACACAUGCUGAAAUAUAAGAGAGAAGAGAUGCCCAAGACUCUGACUGAGAUGUACACACACCUUGUGGUGUUUCAUAUCAAACAGAAGAAUGAAAAGUAUCUUGGGAAAGAAGAGACAGGUCCACACUGGAAUAAAGAGAGCAUUCUGUCACUGGGAAAACUGGCUUUUCAACAGCUUGUGAAAGGCAAUCUGAUUUUCUAUGAAAAAGACCUGACAAGGGCUGGCAUUGAUGUCAAUGAAGCCUCAGUGUACUCAGGAUUGUGCACACAGCUCUUUAAAGAGGAAUGUGGGCUGUACCAGGACAAGGUGUACUGCUUCGUGCAUCUGAGCAUUCAGGAGUUUCUGGCUGCUCUAUAUGUGUUCCUCUCAUUCAUCAACAACAAUGAGAAUCUAAUGACCAAACCGCAAUCAACGUCUAGGAACUUUCCUGUGAGGAUCAGACACAAGCCAGAAGUUACUCUCUACAAGAGUGCUGUGGAUAAAGCCUUACAAAGUGAGACGGGAAACCUGGACCUUUUCCUCCGCUUCCUUCUGGGCCUCUCACUGGAGUCCAAUCAGAAGCACUUACGAGGUCUAAUGACAAAGACAAGAAGCAGCUCACAGAGCCAUGAAGAAACAGUCAAGUACAUCAAGGAGAAGAUCAGGGAGAAUCCCUCUCCAGAGAGGUGCAUCAAUCUGUUCCACUGUCUGAAUGAACUGAAUGACCAUUCUCUAGUGGAAGAGAUCCAAAGAUCCCUGAGAUCAGGAAGUCUCUCAGAAGCCCAACUGUCAUCUUCACAGUGGUCAGCUCUGGUCUUUGUGUUGCUGACUUCAGAAAAGGAGCUUGAUGUGUUUGACCUGAAGAAAUACUCCAGAUCAGAGGAAGGUCUUCUAAGGCUGCUGCCAGUGGUCAACGCCUCCAGAGCUGCUCUGUGA